AUGUCCAGGAAGAGAAAGGAGAAAAUUGCACGUAGAAGUGUUUUAUCGAUAUUUGCGUUUUUGAUAUGUCGCGUUUUGGUUCUGAAGGAGUCGUGCGUGCCUGCGUGUGGACCAAAUUAUUUAUUUACUUGUAACCGGAUAAGUUACCGGAUAACUCUGACCAGCUGUUUCCACGUGUUAAUUAACCUUCUUACGACUUCCGAUGGGUUUUUGUUUUUACUUUUUACAUUCUCUUUUGUCCGGUUUCUUCCAAUUUUGACGGUGGGGGAAACUCCGUUUAGGUUUAUCCGGCUGAGUCAGCAAGUGGAUAUGUACUUAUCUGACGGUGUAAAAAUUGUCCAAUGGUUGUUCUGGUUGCUUUAAAGCCGUACACGUGUUAUCACGACAAUGGUGGGACCACUUGUAUUUGAUUGUAGGUGAAGCAUUUUAUCAUAAUGUUAAAACAGCAAAUACAUUUCACAUGA